UUUGAAGCAAGCGCUAUGGGCAUGUGCUAGAUCGACUACCUCUGAAGAGUUCAAAAGAAAAAUGAAUGACUUAAAGGAGAUUUCUGAACCAGCAUAUAAUUGGUUGAUGAAAAAGGCACCCACAGAAUGGUCGAAAUCACAUUUUAGGACUUCAGUAAAGUGUGAUAUGCUUCUUAACAAUCUGUGUGAGAGCUUCAAUUCAACAAUCUUGGAUAGCAGGGACAAAAUGAUCAUCACCCUUUUAGAAUCAAUACAUUUUUGGUUAAUGGGAAGGAUGUGCAAGAAAAGACAAAGUGUCUCUAAAUGGAAUUAUUUAGUUGGAAAGAGGAUCUUUGACAUCAUUGAGAAGAACAAAAAGGUAGCACAACAAUGCAUUUGUACUAAGUCAAUUGAUGGAUCAUUUCAAGUUACCUACAUAACGGGUCAAGUAUUAUCUGUUAAUUUAGAGACAAGAACAUGUACAUGCAGAUCAUUUGAUCUAACAGGUAUACCAUGUGGUCAUGCUUUAGCUUGUUUGUGGUUUUCUAAUCUUGAUGCCUACGAAUUUGUAGAUCCUUGCUACAAGAAAGAAGCCUUUGAAGCUACCUAUGCAAAGGGUAUUACACCAAUGCCUAGUUCUGAUGAAUGGGAAAACAAAGACAAAAAUCCAAUCCUUCCUCCACCUGAAACUGUAUUACCUGAAAGGCCCAAAAAAUCAAGGAACGGAGAAGUGAAUGAACCUCCAGCAUGUGCAACUAAAUUAAGGAAAACGCCACAAACCAACCAGUGUUCCAACUGCAAACAACGAGGGCAUAUCAAAACUAUUUGAUCCUCCUACUGAGAAGAAAAGGAAGGGUCGUCCCCCCAAGAAAAAUCCAGACCCUGAAAUUGUGAAGAGAAAUAAGAGGAGAAUGAAGCAAAUGGCAAGAGAAGCUAGUUCAUCCCAACAACCACCUAAUGCCCUGUAGGGUAGUUAUGAUUGUUACAUUUUAUUUUGGUAAAGUACAAUGUUAAGUUGGGUAUGGUUGUGUUGGCUAAAGGACCUUUGUACUGAACU